AUGGUCUUAUGGCCUAUGGAGGACCCAGAAUUCCCAAAGAUUGCAAAGCUGCAUCGAUCGAAGGAUGGCGGUCGUGCACGACACAAGAAGGCCAUGCCCACCAUAUAUACGCAGAUGCUGGCUGCCAAUGCCGCGGGCCGAGGUGACGUUGUAUCUCGUCCAGGAACUCGUAUUACGACGUCUGGAAACAUAGCCGAGAGGGAAGCCAAGGUCAAGAAGGAUCGCGUCGGUGUUUCUCCGAGCCAAGUGUCCAUGGGAGAAGUUAACAGCCACGGGCUACCUAUCCAAACCGUCGGAACAGCGCCCUCCCAGUCCCAAGGUGUUGGGCACACGCUAGUACGACCUGGGUUGUACAGCCUGUGA